GAGCCGAAGCAGCACAAGGAGCCGGAGCAGCAAAAGGAGCCGGAGCAGCAAAAGGAACCGGAGCAGGGCGGAACGGCGAAGACCAUUCUGAUUACGCAUUAUGUGAAUCCGCAAUUGUUCUGCUACGUGCAGCUGGAGCACCUGCAGACUGCGGCCAUUUCUGUGCAUGCUGCAGAGGAGUGUUUGCUGGAGUUUUGUCGUUUGGAUCGCCAGCGCAACAGCUAUUAUCCGGAUAAAUAUGUCAUUAUGCACUAUCGGCCGAUGGCGAAAAUGCUGCGAGGGCUCGUCGUUGCUUAUCUGGAACGCGACAAGUUUCUGGUGUGGGCCAUUGACUAUGGCUUCAGCGUCUACUGCAAUACGAAGGAUUUGUACCCGUUGCCGUACCAUCUGCAUGAGCGCUACAUCGAUAUCGAAUGGGGUGGCAUUCAAUGUGUGGUGCCGCGCACGGGCGAAUCGUGGUCCGACGAGGCAGUGCGAUUGUUCGACCAGCGCCUGGACGAAGCGCAGCGACUGAUCUUCAGGGUUCGGCAUAGCAGCGAGGAGCAUCAGAGCUUUGGUCAGCUGCUGAUGGACGAUCCGCCGGUGGAUGCGGCUACCUAUUUGGUAGAGAAGCAAUGGGCGCGAAUGGAAAGCGAGGAGGUCAGUAUAGCGUUUGCUCGAGAGUUCCAGCCGAUGAGCCAAAUCGAUUCGGCGGAGCCGAAUGAGGAAGAUAUUAGGCCCAGUUUACGUGUCUUUACUGUGCUCCAGAUGGUAGCUUCUAGCCAGCCAGCUCAAAUACAACAGCAGCUAACCCCAAGCUGUCCGCUUAGCAAAGAGUCCAAGGCAUACUUGGAUUCCAUUUUUAAAAAUAGGUAUCAUAAACUAGGCGCCAUGACCCGUAACCUCAAGUGCCCCUCAAAGCAGCUUGUUCGGUUGGAGGGCCUUGCUCGGUUACGUGAAAAGCUUGAAGUACCCCAAUCAGCGAAGCGCCUCAGCAGAAUUAAGAGCAGAACCGAUGGCUCCGUCGAUACGGCGCUCUUUCGCCCCAAAAGCAGUUCCACGGAAAAUAAGACCGAAGCUGACCAGCACUCGCCCCGCAAAGUCCGCUUCAAUACGGAUGUGCAUGAAUCAUCCUCAAGUGGAGUGGAAAAUGAUACUGAUUCCUUGUAUACUGAUAUAAUCCACCCGCUCCCCGAAAUACCAACUGAAGUCCAGAAACCCUCAAUCAAUGAUAAACUGCAGCUUAUUGGCUAUGGGCUAAAUAAUUUAUCCUCGGCACAGACUUCAUCCCUGUCUGCCGAUUCGGAAAAUACAAGCGAGUUCGUAAAGAUCAUUCAGCCUUAUCCAAAUAAAGUGAUUUGUGUCCCCGAUAGAUCUGUGAAGAGGGACUCAAUGAGUGCAAGUCAGGAUCAGACUUCAUCCCCCAAUUUGAAUAAACAAGUUAAUAAAAUAUUCAUCCCGAAAGCCAUUAAGAACAGUGAAAGCCAACCCAUGCGACCGGAUAUAAUGAAAGCUAUUCCUGAUCCAUGCAAAAAUAUGGAAGCUCUUACGAAGCCGGAUAAUCCUGGACACUACACGUUGAGCAAGGAGCCUAUUAAACCAACUCAAGAGACGUCUUCGGGGUUGAGUUUGGAUGCGCUGGAGCGCAUCUAUAAGGAAUACUCAAAUAGAAACAAUAAUCCGCUAUCGUCGCGCAAACCGCUUGAGCGGCAGCGCAUCUGUAAUGCAAUCCGUUUGCCAGUUGAGACUAAUGCAAAAGCCACAAGCUCAGCCCCUGAGCUCUGCGGCCUGGAGACACAAGUGAUUGCGCAUAGCACGAUCCCGGUGCAGCCGGCUCGCAGCUUAGGCAGCUCGCAGUUCUGCCCGGAGGUGCUGAAGGCCAUGCAGGCGAUGAAUGUGAGGCCAACGAUGGCCACGCAGCGCUACGCCUGGCCGCACCUGAUGCAGGGCCGUUCCCUGGUGCUGGUGGACCGCAUUGACAGCGGACGCUCCUGGUGCUACUUGCCCACGCUGUGCUCCCAAGUGAUGAGCUCGAUGCGAGCGACGGGCAGUGGCACCAGCCUGGGUCCCGUCGCACUGCUGCUGGCCGACUCCGUUGUCAAAGCCGAGGCUCUGUUCAAGCAAUGCGAUCAGCUGAUGGCUGGCCACAAGACGAACAGCCUGAAGGUGGUCAACUCGCACGAGCACUGUGGCCUAGAGUUGCGACUGCGCCUGCUCAACUCGUGCGGCAUCCUGGUCACAACGCCCACCCACUUGAAGCAGCUGCUGCAGGAUGAGAUGCAGCUGAUCGAUCCACGUCGCCUGAAGCACUUCAUCAUCGAUGACUUCGAUCGCAUGUAUGCGGCUCAGUCCGCUCUGCUCAACGAACUGCUGCAAUUGCUGCAGGGCAUUUCCAAGCUCCGGUUGCAAUUCGUGCUUAUCGCGCAGCAGUGGCAUGGAAAGGUCUUUCUCGAACUGUUGCGGCGCUUCGACGAUAAUCCUCUGCUGCUCUUCGGCGACUUCCUCGAGGCGGCCGUCUAUGGCCGGGUCAAGCUCAAUGUGGCUGUGCUGCAUAGCGAUAGGAAGAUCGCACAGCUGCUCGACUAUUUGGCAGCUCAAAGUCCUCUGAAGCGACGCAUAAUCAUCUACUGCAAGGACCAGAAGGAGUUGGCUGUGCUGCGUAAGGCCUUGACCGAGGCGGGCUAUGACUGCAUUGAGUCCAUUGAUGCCGCUAGGCAGCAAGUGCAACAGUUGCUAUUGGCCACGGAUGCAAUGCAGCAAACUCCUCUCCCUGUGGGCAAUUUCGAGCUAAUGAUUCACUACAGUCUGCCCGAUUCUUGGUCCAAGUUCUCGUAUCGCUUUCAUGUUUUCAGAGAGAAUAUCAACAACUAUCUGUCGGGCCAAAAGCUGACUACGAGGAUCGUCUCCUUCGUCAUCCUGGACGAGAGCAAUAGCCACGAGCUGCCGCGUCUGGUGCAGUUCUUUGAGGCGCACGACUUUAAGAUGAGCGAGCAGAUGCAACAAAUGGUGGCCAGCUGUCGCCAGCAGAUAGAUGAAAGUCGUCAGCUCUGUCCGCAAAUCCUGAGCAGCGGUAAGUGCGUUCAGUUGUAUUGCAACCGGAGGCAUCAUCCAAUCCGUGAGGACUUCCUGGGGCCCGGCCAGGCUGCUCUGUGGCAACCCGGCACUAUGGUGCGCGGCAACAUCAUCAAGGUGUACGAUCCGGUGCACUUUGCCAUUAUGCCCGUCAGCUUCAGGAGCAGCGAGCACCGCUCCUGGCAGAGUGCCCCUAAUAUGGCCACCCGGCGCAACCUAAGCACCGAGCUCGACUUGCACAUGAGCAGUGCGCGAAAUCGCCGACCCAAGCGUACACUGAAAAUGUCCGACGUCUGUGUUCUGCGCCGUCGACUCAAAUACCAACGCGUUCGAAUUGUGGAUUUGUCCGAGCGCCUGGUGGUUGUGCAGCAAAUGGACAAGGGCACAGAGCUGCUGAAGGUGCAAUCUAUGGAUCUAUUUGAGUGUGAUGAACGUUUCGCAGUGGAGCCACCGUUGGCCAUCGACGUCCGUCUGUGUGGGCUGAUGCCACCCAUUGGCGAGGGCGACUGGCAGAAGGAGGCGAAGGUGUGGGUGACGGAGCUGCUGAGCAACCUCAGUGAAAAUCAGCAUUUGCAGUUAACCGUGGAGCUGAGCAUGUUCAAUGUGGUCUAUGCGAAUGACAUGGCCGUACUGCAGGAUUGCCCAGCGCUGCAGACGUGCGUGAGGGCUACGCAACUGCACGAUGAGCUGAUCCUUCGGAACUACGCCAAAUCGGAUGUGCAAAUCCUAAAAGACUUGCACAAGCUGCAUGUCGAGGUGGUCAACAAGCAGAAGCAAUUUCAAGCAGAAUUGCCUUGCUUAGAGGCUGGCCCAAGGGCAGACGACGAGCAGGUGAAGCAGCUGGAACAAGACAAGGCUAAGCAGGAUGAGGGUGUUGAAGAGCUGCACAAAGGAACAGACUGUGUAGAGAAUGGCGAGCUGAUGCAAUCCGCUUCCAGUGCCCAGAUAAAUUCCUUAGAUAAACAGUCGGCAACAGAGAUCCACUCCAAUUCCGAAACCUGUGCAGAGGAUCUGGAGAAGAUUGCCACCAAAGUGAAUAUCGAGCAAGACCAAACUGAAACCAAUUGUCCAGCUAACCACUUGAUUAACGGGGAUGCACUAGCUCCCAAGGAACCAAUUGAAAUAACUGAGCUUCAUCAGGAGCCAUCUCAGCCAAAUGACUUCGACCUCAAAGACAUCAUGUAUUCACUUAUGGAGAUUCUGCUGAUGGAGCUGAAUUCCGAUGAUGCAGCGCUCAAAGAGUCCGCUAAUACUAUGAUGCAGGAAAUACUGGCAACUGAUGACACAAGCCCCCAAAAACCAAAUAUUCCGAAAAAGGAAAGCAAUGAUGAUAUUUUGCCAACGUCCAAGCUACAGUUAACACCCGCUAGGUUGGCCAGUGCCUUACGCUGUGCCGCCGUCGCCGACAACGCAGUGCGUCCAAGGGUGUGCUGGCAUCAGACUCUGCUGCAGAUCGAGCUCAUCAUCGAGCAGGAAGUGCCACAAUACCAGCUCGUGCAUCAGGACAAUGUCCUCUUCUAUCAGGUCACAGAGACGACGCCGCCGCAGCGCUGCAUACUCAAUCUGCUGGGCGAGGUGAAGAUAUUAUCGGAGCAGCAGCACGGCUAUCGACUGCACAUUAAGCUGGCCAAGGUUGGCCUCCAUGUCUACUGGCCCACUUUGCUGGACUCUUUGUCGGCGCAGCAGCACUGCCAUUGGCUGGCCUAUGACUCGGAGCACGCCAAGAUUCCUCAGUGCGACACGGGUCGCAUACACUGGAUGCGCUACAUCCGCCAUCAAUAUGUUCAGGAGGAGGGCGAAAGCGACGAUGGCGAUGAUUGGCCAUCGGAUGAAUUGAGUGAUUUGUCGGAGAUAGAUGUCGGUGUAAAGGAAACUGAAGAUAUAUAGAAACUCUCUAUAAGAGACUGAUGUAUCAAAUAUUUUUUAAACUAUGUUUGCUUC